UCUUAUUGGAAAAUUUACGCACACAUCGUUUGGGCUGCGUUUGUGCUUGAUUGAUUGGUUUAGUUUAGAAAUAAUUUAUAAAUUUAUUUGCGAUUAAAAGUGCAUUUAAACGAAACGAAUUGUGCAGACAAGCAAAGACUAACAAAUCGCACAAUAUAACGAAAAACUGUCGGCACAAACGCAAAGCAGCUGAGUGGGAGUGGCAACGGGCGUUAGUUGGCGGCGCGCAUUUCUUAUUGGGCAGCAGUCUCGUGGUGAAUGUGGUGGCGCUGGUGCUGGCUGUGCCUGAAAAUGAUCUAUAAGCUAUUCUGCUGUUCCGUGAGCCUGAUAUUCUUCUGCUUCAACGUGCUGUGGUUCUUCUGCAAUUUGGCUAUACCAUGGUGCACACUGACCCUGGUCAUUAUUUGUGUGGCUUCCAAGUUCGUCAAGCUGCAGCGCAGCCCGAACGAGAAGCGUUUGCUUAGCCUGCUCAAUACGCCGGACGACUGGCCCAAUUAUUGGCCCAUUGCGAAUCGUGGUGCCGGCUACGAUGCGCCCGAGAAUUCGCAGGCAGCUGUGAAAAAGUGCCUAGCACGUGGCUACCGAAAUGUCCUGCUGGAUGCCAGCAUAACGGCAUGCAGUGAAAUUGUUAUUGCCAAUCGCCUGACCGUGGAGCGUGCCGGCCUAACGGGCAGCCUAACGCACCACACGCUCCACGAACUGCAGCAGCUGAGCAUCACGGAGCAGCAUCCCAUGGGCUCGCAAUACGAGAGGGAAUCCGUGGCCACAAUCAAGCAAUUGGCCGAAUUUCUUGAGGAGCAGAACACAGCGCCCACGUUAUUUCUGCAUCUGCAGGACACCAGCGCGAUCAUGAUUGAUCAGCUGCAGAAAUUUAUGGCCGCAAAUGAGACAUUCACACAGCGCACAAUUGUGGUCAGUCGCUCGCCGUUGGCCAUUUAUCAGCUGCGUAAAUUGAGGCCCGAAAUCAUUUGCGGUCUAUGGCACGAGAGUUAUUUAUCGCUGUCCAUACUCAAAUCCUCAACGCUUAUUACCUCUAUUUAUGGCGCAAUUUUGCGUAAUAUAAUUGCACCUGUAAUUGGUAUAAGUGUUGUUUUUCUCAACAAGGAGGAGUUCAAUUUGCACAUUGGUGAUCUCUGGCGUAAUGUGGGCGUGCGUCCAAUUGUUUACAUGGUAAAUUCGCCCAACGAGAAACGCUAUUUUCAGAAAACAAUGAAAACGCAAUACCUCACGGACUCAUUGCGCUCCGAGCCGCAUCUCUUGAUGAAAGCCUAAGAAAAUGAACAAACGUAUUUUCAAGAUAAAAACGAAACACACACACACACACACACACACACACAAUUCAUUUGCAUUUAGAUUUAUUUGUAUAGAUUCUGUGCACAGUUUGAUUUUAAAGGUUUUUCCAUUUCAUUUGAAGUGCGAACAUGAAUUGUUCAUGCACAUUUGUUGUGUGCCUAAAGUGAGUUCUUGAAUACUUCGAAGCUUUUGAAAGUAUUACCCAGUAAAAUUGAAGCUACUUUUAUACUCUAUGUUUUAUACACAAACGUAUUUAUGUUUUAUGCUAAGUUAUUUAUGCUUUAUUCGAUGUAGACGCUAUUUAUGAGGCGCAGGUGCUGCAAUUUAUAUUUGCUAUACAAUUCCCACACGUCCUUUUAUUUUUAUUGAAUAUACUUUAUUUAUUUAUCGCUAUUUCUUGUUAUAAAUAUAUGUUUUUGACAUUUUUUAUAUAGAACUUCAUAUGCUUUCAUUAAACUAACAACAGAAAA